AUGCGUGUCGUUGUGAUAUUAAUAAGUAUAUGCAAGAUCGCACAUGCAUCAAUAUUUCCUGCAGAUCAAGAGAAGUGUCAAUAUGGUGAUUCAAAGUGUAUUAUAAGAGUUGCUAAUAAUGUGAUUAGUAAAGCUAGUCAAGGAUACCCUGAGUUGGGACUUCCAGUUUUCGAUCCAUUAAAGCUCCGUUCAUUAGACAUCGAACAAGGUGGGAAUAGUCCCGUAAAUCUUAAAAUUCACUUAAGGAACUUUGAGCUCAUUGGACUAUCAAAUACAAAGUUUAUAAGUAUUCAAGGCUUCAAUAAAGACUAUGACAAUGCUAGAAUGGAGCUUAAAUUCAAUAUACCAUCUUGGCAGAUUUUCGGUCCAUACAAAAUUGAUGGACGGGUUCUUAUUCUUCCAGUCGCAGGAAAUGGAAUAGCAAAUUUGACUUCAUAUAAUAAUGAGAUUACGAUGAAGUUGCUGACGAAAAAAGUGAUAAAGCAAGGAAAAGAGUAUAUGCAAAUUGAAAAGUCUCGAUUAGUCUACGUAACUGAUAGAGUCGCAUUUGACUUUACGAAUCUAUUCAAUGGUAAUAAAUUACUUAGUGAGACAACAAAUCGAUUCUUUAACGAAAAUUGGAAGCAAAUUCAUGAAGAAAUUAAGCCGAAGCUGUACGAGGCAAUUGCAUCAAUUUAUGAGUCGCUGAUUAAUAAGGUUUUUGCUGCUAUCCCAUAUGAUGACAUGUUUAUACAAGGUGGAAGUGCUUAG